AUGGCAAGCACAACAACCGCAAGUUCCGCAACAACCGCCCUCCCUCAGGCUCGGGGUUCGAGCUCGAAGCCGCGGAGACGUGCCUCUGUUGCCUGCACCGUUUGCAGAUCAAGACGCACCAAGUGCAUCGUUCCAUCACCUAACAUGCAGUGUGAUUAUUGUCGACGAAACGGGCUGCAAUGCAUAAUAUACUCGGAUGAACAGAAGAAAAAGCAAAGCUUCAGACCGAUAUCGAGGAGCUACGUGACCUCCUUGGAGGACCGUAUACGAAUGCUGAAUGCGUCAUUGGCAAGGCACCUGUCGACAGCCAACACUCCGCUUCACGCCUUAGAUCCCGAUGAUAGCACACUCGUCGGUGGAGAUGAGACUCAUUCACAGCUAUUGAAUGUUGGAUCACCCUGGAUAUCGGCCUUCGAAGUGUCCAAAUGCCGAGACCAAAUAGACGAUGGUGGAUCUGGUGCUCAGGUUCCUGAUCGAGGACCGGGUGUUCAAAUGCGGGAAGCCGAAUCGACCAACGGCAAAAACACGCCUGAACAGCAUGACACAAAGUCACCAUUUUCUGGCUCAGCAUCAUCUGCCAUUUCCAGCCGGUCCAGCUCGAGAGCGAGGGCGAGUGCCAUGGAACAAUCGGCAUCUCCAGAGAUGGUGCUUCCCAGUGAUCAAUCUGCAGCACGUCCACGCUACUUUGGCCCGGACGCAUCCAUGUCUCUUUUCGGCGAGACGUCAUUUUGUUCCACCGCUGUCGAAUGCGUUGACCAAGCUAGGUGUGCCAACCGUGUCCUCAGGGACCUGGCUGGUACGACACACAACUACUUGAUGGAUCUUUACUGGAAUUCCUUCAACACCAGCACUAUUCUCGUCAACCAAGAACUCUUCUACCGAGACAAGGCCACCGGAAACUCACAAUAUUACUCUGGCUUCUUACAUUUGUCAAUGUUGGCCAUGGGCUUCCGCUUUGCCGACCCAAGCAGAUCCGAUAUCCAAAAGAUCAGCCUCGACACGAGAUUGAGCAUCAUGGAACAAACAUCCAGGCAUAUGGUGGAAUAUGAACUGGAGAACCCGGGCGGCCUUCCAAGUGUUCAAGCUCUAUUGAUCCUUGGAGAUCUAGAGUACGGGGUUGGAAGGACCGGCUCGUCAUGGUCAUACGCUGGAAUGGCAUUUCGUCUUGCAUUUCGUCUUGGCCUCCACUCUAGUUGCACGCUCUCGAAAAUGGGGAAGGAGGACCAGCGAGUUCGGAUAAUAACCAUGUGGGCGUGUGUCGCUUACGACAGGUUCUAUUCCAUGUGGCACGGACGACCAACAAACAUCAAAAGCAAUGACUUGAGUAUCCCGCGGAUGGCAACUCUGCACAUGGGCGACGAGUCGCCUCCAACGGCAGGGUCCGAUAAUAUGCUCAGCGCCCUCUGCUAUAGUGCCUUGGUAGACUUGACGGAGUACAGCGACAAGAUCAUCGAGCAUGCCAAUGGCAGCCAGUCGGUCGAAUCUUAUUUUGCAGCGGCCGCUCUGGACCAGCAGCUCCACGGCUGGUAUCGUCGACUACCUCCACAAAUCAGGUGGUCGCCAAAUAUUUUCCAAACCGCUCCUCCGGGCUACUUUCUUCUGCAUCAGCACUUUCACUAUCUUGUGAUCUUGCUCUACCGGCCCCUGGCUUCCGCCCCUUCAGGUGCUCCAACGACCGAGAAGCUUGGUUUAGAUACGGUCGGCUCCCCUAGCUUCCUCCGACACUUACUACGCUCUGCCGCCGGUUCGUGUUUGGACAAUGCGAUCCGGAUAGCACAGAUUCUCCGAUAUCACAGGCAGUGUUGUGACGCAAGGCUGUCCAGUGUUAUGGCAUUAGACCACGCCAGGGUAGCAGCUACAACGCUGCUCUCCGCCAUUGAACCGGACUCGAAGGCAUCACACCGCAAUGUGCUGGUUGAGUAUCUGAACACCAUCUUAGAGGCACUUCGAGAAGUCUCCGCCAUGUUUGAACCCGCCGCAAGAAUGUUGGAUGAGCUGGAACUCAUUCUG